AUGAGUUUUGCCGGAUCCCGAUAUUGGUUUUGCCCUUGGGCUUUUUUUUUCUCCUCGAUAUGGCUUUUCUAUCUAAAGCAGUCGUCUUUCCUCCGUGUCCUUAGCCGAAGCUAUCUGCUGCGCUUGAAGCAUAUACUUGCACCGCCUGGUUCGCGUCAAUCACCCCUUCGCUGCGUUUUACAUGUCAACAAUCAGACCCUGUCAUCACCAGGCCUCCCCGGUCGACAUCACUCCACCUGGCCACUAGUUAGCUCCGUUUGGCGCGCCCGGUGCCCAGCUGCCAGCUUCUCGAGCUCUUACUUUUCUUCUUCAGCCUCGUAA